GAAAUCAGACCGGACAUGGCUUGCUCUCGAGCCACUGCGCUCGGCAGCUCGGGUGAAUUUUCGAGCACUCGCCGUACAGGUGCGCCGAGGCAUCGAUCGGCGUUGGAAGUGUGUGAGCCUUGCAAAUGUGACGUCGUGCGCGCGGACGGCGACUCGGCGCGUCCCCGCGGCCGACUGGCUGGCUGGCAGGCAUCCUGGCACGCCGUCAAGGCGCAACAAACCGGCGACGGCGACGGCUCCUGUUUUCUGCGCUGAUGUCGGACGCUUGUAGAAACCCGUUUUCCCAUCGACAAAUGCGAAGCAUCACGAAUGUUUAGUUUUUCCUCGUGAUUGCUCGGCGGGGCCGUUGCAAUGUAGCUCGACAGAUGUGAGGCGCCACAUCUGCAGCCCACAGCAAGUCCGCCUGUUGACCCGCUCACGAGGAGGAGCUGCCGCAGAUCCUCAUCGACAUCUGCCACCUCGGGCACCGAAGGCGCUGAGCUAAGCCGAUGACAACGUUCUGGGCUCGUAUUUGACGGACAGGUGGUUCUCGGUCUAGUCCGGAAGGGACAAUGGCUCGCCCCGGUUCGGGCUUGCUGCUGCCCGCGAACGGACUGGGCUACCCUCCCCAAAAUCUGGCCAGGGUGGUGGUCUGGGAGUGGAUGAACGAGCACGGGCGCUGGAGGCCCUACAGCGCGGCGGUGUGCCACCAUAUUGAGAACAUCCUCAAGGGGGACGCCCGAGGAACCGUCGUUCUGGGCCAGGUAGAUGGCCAACUGUCUCCUUACAUCAUCGAUCUGCAGUCCAUGCAUCAGUUUCGACAGGACACGGGCACCAUGAGGCCAGUGCAGAGGAACUUCUACGAACCGUCCUCCGCUCCGGGCAAAGGCGUGGUGUGGGAGUGGGAGAACGACAAUGGCUCCUGGACGCCGUAUGACAUGGAGAUCUGCGUGACCAUCCAGAACGCGUACGAGAAGCAGCACCCGUGGCUGGAUCUGACCUCUCUGGGCUUCUCUUACCUCAUCGACUUCAACGGCAUGUCUCAAACCAACAAGCAGAGCCAGCGCAAGCGGCGCCUUCGGCGGCGUAUGGAUCUCGCUUACCCGCUCAUCAUGGGUUCCAUCCCCAAGUCGCAGUCUUGGCCCGUGGGAGCCAGCUCCGGCCAGCCUUGCUCCUGCCAGCAAUGUAUCCUGGUCAACAGCACGAGAGCCGCGUCCAAUGCGAUCCUCGCCUCCCAGCGGCGGAAGCUCCACGGAGGGGGGGCAGGCGGUACGGGUGCCGCAGGAGCCCCGACGGCCGUGCGGCAGAGCAACACCUUCGCCGGAACCACUCUUUGGUCUCCGACCUCGUCGGCCACUAAUAACAUCGGGGCGGGAGGCGGGCGAGCCAAAGACGAACAGGUGCGGGUGCCGUCGUCCCCGGCCAACUUUCCCGUGAUGUCGUCCCAUGGCCACAACACCCUCGCCGUCAACGGACAGAACAACCUGAACCGACCGGGCGCUCAGCGCAUCUCUAUGGCCACCCCGAGAGGAACCAUUCCACCGGGGGUUCCCGCUCUUCCAGUCAAAAACCUGACUGGCUCUGGACCAGUGCAUCCAGCGCUAGCAGGUAUGACCGGUAUCCUGAUGUGCGCUGUAGGUCUGCCCGUUUGCCUGACCCGUGCACCGAAGCCCAUUCUGCACCCGCCGCACAUCAGCAAGAGCGAUAUGAAGCCUGUGCCGGGAGUCAACGGUAUGCGACGCAAGACCAAGAAAAAGCACCUGAGGAAAGGGAAAACCCCAGAGGAUGUUGUCCGAAGAUACACGGACAAAAUUAAAGUGGCACCAGAUGAGGACUGUACCAUCUGCAUGGAGAGGCUGGCCAUGGCGUCAGGCUACGAAGGCAUCCUGCAGCACAAAGGCAUCAAGCCAGAGUCGGUGGGCAAACUUGGCAAGUGCGGCCAUAUGUACCAUCUGCUGUGCCUGGUGGCCAUGUACAACAAUGGCAAUAAGGAUGGCAGUCUUCAGUGCCCAACAUGCAAGACCAUCUAUGGGGAAAAAACAGGCACGCAGCCUCCUGGGAAGAUGGAAUACCACGUCAUCCCCCACUGCCUGCCCGGCUACCCCGACUCCAAGACCAUUCGCAUCGUCUACGACAUUCCUGCAGGUGUCCAGACCAAUGAACACCCCAACCCUGGGAAGAAGUUCAGCGCCAGAGGAUUCCCCCGGCAAUGUUACCUGCCAGACAACGACAAGGGCAGGAAGGUUCUCAAGCUGCUGAUCACAGCCUGGGACCGACGCCUCAUCUUCACCAUCGGCACUUCCAGUACCACAGGCGAGUCCGACACCGUGGUGUGGAACGAGAUCCACCACAAGACCGAAUUUGGCUCCAACCUGACUGGCCACGGUUACCCGGACCCCAACUACUUGGACAAUGUCCUGACGGAGCUGUCGGCCCAGGGAGUCGGCGAGGACAACCUGAAGGACUGAGCGCUUCCUGAGCUGGUUGGCAGGAACACAACCAAUCGUGCGCUGCUGUCUCCUAGGAAACGGUAACGCCGGAUGAGCGCUCUUCAUGCAGCACGUUACUCUUUACUCCCUCUGUAUGGCAAGGCGAGAGCGACAAACAAAAUGAUUUGUUGUUUUUGUUUUUUGUCUUGAUUAUCUCUUGCAUCAUGCCCGGAGCGCGUAUGCGUCCUCGGAGACUCGAGGCACAUGCUCCGCGUGUGCGUUGCUGCCAGCAAAUGUGUCACUGAGCUCUUUUUCGAGUCAAAGCGAAGCAUCUGCACUUGUAGCGCGACAAGAAGGCAUGACGAGGCCAGAUUGCACGGCCCCGCCAACACUGCAUAAUGAAUGUUGAGUGAAUUGCUGCAAUAAGUUGAGGUGCCAAUGAAGCUUUUCUCACUUCAGAAGACAAAUUGUAAGAAAGAAAUAUCAUUUUCAUUAAGGAUUUGCUUCUCCCUUGUUUAGUCAACACACGGUGAGACUUUUGUGCUUUUCGAAGAAGUGAAGGUACUUUGGCUUGACGUUGUGCCGCGUCAUUGAGGCAAGGGCUAAAGAGACUGUGUUUUGUAGUACAUUAAAUAGAUUCCAGUGACCCAAGAGCUAUGAAAUAUGAUACAUUGUUAACCUUUGCGGGAUGCCUACGAAAGGAGCUGUGAAAUAACCAAGCGGACUCGCUCUGAACUGUUGGAACGUUCCAUUGCCGCAUUCCAAGGCUAAACCCGUUUGUUUUGUUGCCACUGAUUAUGCUGACCUGUUUGCGCAUGAAGCCCCAUGCUAGCAUUGGCUCAAGCGGAGGAAAAUCUGGCUUUGGGUCCAUCCAUCAUGCCGCCAUGCACGAGGGGGACGGUGUGACCGCGUGCACCGAGGCUCUCGGCGUUUUCCCGAGGAGAUCCAUCUUGUGACUCUCAACUCUCCCGUGAGGUCAUCAGCCGGAACACGCUGCGCCGGGCCGCCGCUCUCCCUCGGCGGGGAGCGGUGAGACAGCCUACCUUCUCGGUUCACGUCCUCUUCGUUAGCAGCAGCAGCAGCAGACGUCCUUCCAGGAAACAUGCAAAUGAGGCUUUAUCGCAGCGGCAGAUGCAUCAGGAGGAACUACAUUAUUUAGGUUUCUCCCCUGUAAGUUUUUCUCUUUCCCCUCGGAGAUGUUAUGCCCAAGAGCGUAUUUUUGUCUUUUUGAAGUUCCUUGCUGGGGAUCUUCAUGUUGUUGAUUUUUUUUUUUUUUUUUUUUACUUGGAGAUGAAAGCUAGGUCAGUGCUGACUUUCCACAAAAGCGUCUGAUCAUCUUUAAUGAGCUGGGAUGUUGAUGUAAAGUUUUUGUGGGGCGAAUCUGUCUUCCACGGCAAUUUGAGGCAGCAGCUCUGCUUGGUAGUUUUGAUUUUGAGAAAAAGUCCUUCAUGGCAUUUUAAACAUUGUUUUGUAUUGGUAAAUCAUCUUAUAGUACAAUGGGGGGGGGGGGAGAAAAAAAAAAAAAAAAGAUUGACAAAGCUGAUACAGGCUACAUUUCAAGUUCAGUUUGAGUGUACGGUUAAUUUCUGUUUAUACCUUAACGCACUUUCCCAUGAUUAGUUAUACAAAAGCAGAUGUCAACAUAAUACAUAAAUUCUGACAAUUUUGUCAGUUUGUCUGUAUGACAUGUUAAUGGACGUCUAAUAUAAUAAGUAGUGUUAGUGUAUGCUACUGUGCGUAUCUUCAUGUGGAAUGUGUGUAGUUUGACUUGAAUACAAAUAGUCAAUGUAUCUUCAUCAUUAGCGGGCUAGCCGAAACAGCAUGAGCGUUGGUCAAAUGAGCAAACAAUUGGCUGCAGAUAUUUGUACUGUUGGAUUAUCAAAAAGCAGCCACGAAUGAGUUGGAAUUGGAAAUGAUUGAUUUUUGUUCUUUUCUUUUUCUUAUAAUGUACUGUCGGCAACUCUGCAUUGUGUGAAAUAUGCAAAUGAACAAUGUGUAACUUUGCCGCGGUCGCCUGCACCCGUGGCUCUGGAGCGGCAGUCCUGCAGCUACUUCUGGUCCCUCCAAAUUCAAUACAGCCCGCUGCCGCGUUGCCCGCAUGCCAGUCAGGCAAAGUGUCUGUGUGAGCGGCGCGUCGGUGACUAUUGUGUCUGCUAACAAGUGGCUGGAGGUCACCUUGUAAGGCACCAAACAAGCCUGUCGCGCAUUCUGAUGGUUUUAAGUCUUGUUUUUUUCUCUCUUUUAAGCAGAAACUGUUUUCUCUUAGGGGUGGGGGGGGACCUGUCUGCCUUUUUGCUGCAGUUAAAACUUAUUUACAGCGUUGUUAAGCUAUUGGAUCAUGGUGAGUGGGUGCGCCACAUUCGAAGAGAUUUGAUGUAUUUGCGCUAUAAAGGUAGCAGAUGUCAACUAAUCAUCAAACGUUCAGGGAUUAUUUCACGCUUAAGGGAGAACACAUGAUUUUGAAUUAUGGUUCUCCAAUUCUACUCCCAAACAUCUUUCGAGUUGAACGCAUCUUUUGAAAUGUAUUUGGACAGAAAGUGAAUCUUUGUUGUCGUUGUUGUUUUCCCCCCCCCCCCCGUUUCCUUGGUGACUCUUCUUUCGCUCUCGGUGUCCUGGCCUCAUUCAAACUCGAUGACACAGUUCCUGUCUUUAUAUGCAAAAUAUAUCUGUCCAAACAAAGCUUUUAUCCUUGAAGAAUUGGAAUGUAAGCUGCAUGAAAUGCUUUUUUUAUUUUAUUUUAUUUUAUUUUUUUUUUUAUAAUUAGUUUCCCCGAAAAAUGUAUUCUUUUUCAUCCAUUUGGUGAUCAUAUUUACACCGCUGGUCAAUUUAGUCUUCAUUUAAGCGAACAUGCAUGCUUUUGCAAAAUAACGCGUGACUGUGAGGCAGACAUGCGAGCCACAUGCCACCGCGUUGCAUAACAUGGUUUACGACUAUUUCAACUUAAUUAUGAUCUCAUUAAGUUGGGCUGUCCACGUUUCUCUCACCCUAAUAAACAAGGCAAAAAUCAAUUGCUUUCACUUUCGGAGGCCUAAGCAAGUCAGAUCUAUCAGGGAAAUGUCCACGUCGAGUGAAGUUGAAUGAACUCGAGAAAUCCAAACGUUUGGCUCCUUGAACAUUGUGUGGGCCCUUUAGACUUUCAGGUGUGUACAGACUUCUCAAAAGGAAAGGGAAAUAAUAACGUAGUUUGGUUUGUCUAAGCGACCGAGAGAGAUGGCGUUUAUGCAAUUUACUCUUUUGGAGAUGUUAAAAACGGAUUUAUUUGUAGCAAGGACAGUGAUUUUGGGGUCAGUUGGUGUUUUCUUCGUGAGGUACCUCAAAAGCAGACGUGUACAUGUUGGAAAGCAUAUAUUUUUGGAUGUAUUUUCUGAUCGAUGAUUGUCUUUGAGAUAACGAUGACACAACCUUUUUCCUUUUGAAUCGAAGUGGGAAGUCAAAAGACGACGGAUCGUUCUGCGCAACAUGUAGUAUUUACACCUGUAAACAAAAAGUCAUAAACGUUUGAUGCUUAUUUAUUGUACGUCUCUUUAAAAUAUACCUAAAACAUUGUAUGGCUGUACUGUCUUGGUAUCUCUUUGUCUCCGAGUGUGUACUAAUCGUGCGUUUUUGUAAGACGAAAUCAUAGGCCCGUGUCCUUUAAAAGAGAGCGUAAUGUUCUUCCCGAGAUGCAUGCGGACCAAAGCGCGAGCUACUUGAAUGGCAACGCGUAGGAAAUCAUCGCAGAGCUCCUCUUUCGAAAGGUCGCGCAGAUGAUGAUGUCAUUUCAGCACCGUGCGCUGCAUCUUGCAUUUUGGUUUUACGCCAGCGAGGAAGAGAUGGCGUUCGACUGAUUUCGCCGCUCUUUCGACACGUACAACAUGCUUACGGGUUUAAUUGACAUUUUCAGUUCCUAAUUUUGUGGUGUGACAUCACCUGAGCAGUUUUCUUGUUCACAAAGACAAAACUGCAAUGAGCUAAAAGAGACAGACUAUGAUUUAACUAUAAAGGGCUUUUUUAAUCAAUAAUCAGUCUUUAUUGAGUCGUGUUGACCUUGUUGCAUGUUUGUGUCUCUCUUGUGGACAGAAAUGGAAAAAUAAAUGUGCCCUCAAUGGGGAUGAUUUUGUUUCACCUUGA